AUGCUACGAAAUGGACUGGGUAAUCUACUUCAACAGAGCACCCGACUGCUACGCGGUGGACCUGUUCAGACGACGACUCCCCUGCCCGAUAAGCUCUUCAAAAGUAUCGAGCUCGAAAUGAGAGGCCACGAUCCCGCCGUUUUACGCUCGUAUACCACAUUUCUGAAGACUGUGUGUGGUCAUUUGAAUAUUCCGCAAGGACGUCUACAAGUGCUUCCUUAUGUGAGAUGGAUUCAAUACGCUCUCCGGUCGAAAUUCGUUCACAAGAAGUACAAGCUGCACUACGAGACGCGAACACACAUCACGAAAUUCGAGGUCAAAGAGCUUACUGGGAGCACGGCGUCGACUUUUUUGGAAUACAUUCAACGGAAUAUCCCGGAAGGCGUUGCGAUGAGAGUCGGAUAUGAAGAACUUCGACCGCUUCCAAAUACGAUCGUCGAUCAUUCGAAAAAGGAAACGGCUGCUCAA